AUGCCUCCCAAGAAGACCACCACUGCCGCCAAGGAGAACGUCUCUCUCGGUCCUCUGGCCGGAGAUGGCAAGCUCGUUUUCGGCGUUGCCCGUAUCUUCGCCUCUUUCAACGAUACCUUCGUCCACGUUACCGAUCUGAGUGGUCGCGAAACCAUCUGCCGUGUCACCGGUGGUAUGAAGGUCAAGGCUGACCGUGACGAGUCUUCUCCCUACGCUGCCAUGUUGGCUGCUCAGGACGUCGCUGCCCGCUGCAAGGAGCUCGGCAUCAACGCUCUCCACAUCAAGAUCCGUGCCACUGGUGGUAACGGUACCAAGACCCCCGGUCCCGGUGCCCAGUCCGCUCUCCGUGCCCUUGCUCGUUCUGGCAUGAGAAUUGGCAGAAUCGAGGACGUGACCCCCACUCCUUCCGACUCUACUCGUCGCAAGGGUGGUCGCCGUGGUCGUCGUCUGUAG